AUGAACGUGGAAGCCAUCCCAAUGAACAAUUACCCGAAGUGUCUUAUUUACAAGGGCAAUCAAAGAGAAAACACCUGCAUGGAGAUGAAUUCUGAGAAAAGGGACCCGCUGGAGGAUGAGUCCAAGAUGAAUGAAAACAGUUUUUUUGAGGUUUCUCCUGUUGACAGUCACACAAGAAAGCAGAAGGGGCUGACGCCUACCGAGGAAGAGGAGGAGGGGGAAGAUAAAGGUGACAGAGAUGCGGAUCAUCAAGUUCAGAUCAUGGAAGAAAAUGAAAAACUGCGAAGGAAACAUUCAGAAAUGAAGGAUAUGGAUCCUAUGAUUUCAGUUCUAAGGGAGAGACUAGCAAAGUUGGAGAAGGAGGAGGCAACACUCGGGCAGGCCGAUUUGGAAUUCCAAGAAAACGCGGGACUAUAUCCCACCAGAAGGACUUCUGAGAAGAUUGUCAGAAAAUUACAAUUGGGUAUCGUGUAUUAAGAAACUCGUUGCUGCCAUUUUCACUCAAGAAGAACUGCAGGAAGCGACACC